AUGGCACCUGCUACCGCACUCAUCAUUGGGGCUACGGGGUUCGUUGGAGGCCACCUUUGUGAGCUAUUGGCCACGAAACACCCACAAUUACGGCUGCUCUGCUUGAUGCGCGACACAACACCCCAGAAAGCGAAUGAUCUGAACAAGCUCAAUCCGAGCGUCGAGAUAGUGGAGGGUACUCUGGAGGACAGUGCGAUCAUUUCCGCAGCAGCCGAAAAGGUCGAUGUUGUCAUCCACGUCGCACACUCCGACUAUGCGCCAUCUGUGCAGGCUGUUCUGGCAGGCUUGAGAAAGCGAGCCAGCACGGAUUCUCAUCGAACACCUAUAUAUCAGCAUAUGUCUGGGCUGGGAGUCAUUGCGGAUAAUGUUCGUGGUGAGAAGGUUGACUUUGUCAAAGAGUGGACUGAUGUUGGGUUUCGGCUGGAUGACUGUCCUAAGGACAACACGCAUCUUGCCAGCGAUCGCCAGAUCCUGGAAGCAGGUACCAGGAGCCAGGACGGCAUCCAAACCGCAAUCCUAUUUCCCGGUCUGAUCUAUGGCCAUGGCAAAACUCCCAGAAGCGGCGCAUGGGUCCCAUUCUACUCGACGUUCGCCAAAGCAGCUGGUCAUGCAGGUACUUGGGGACCUGUUGAAGUGAGUCAGUACUGCAUCCAUGUCCGAGAUGUCGCUGCAGCGGUCUUAUGCGUCCUUGGAUACCUGCUCGAGGAUGCAACACGUGGCGGGAGUGACGGUCUUUUCUUCGUGACGUCCCAGGAACCGACCAUGUCAUGGCGUAAGAUCAACAGUGUGCUAGGAGACAUAUUGUACGCUCGAGGAUUGGUCCGGGUUCCUGGAACCCAGCCAUUUCCUGAGGGUGUAGCUGACCCCCUUGGACACUACGGCUGGUCUUUGCUCGGAAGCAAUGGCCAUACCCGAGCAGAUCGUCUGGGUGGUCUGGGUUGGAAUGCUGAAUGGAGUAAGAAGGAACCUCUCCGAGAUGUCGUCAAUAAGAUGCUUGAGAUUGGGAUUUAG